AUGGAAGAGAUCUUCGAACUGAUUGAUAUGCAAGUCAAGGUCCGGGUUCUAUCAGCCGUACCAAGAGCUAAGCAAGCCAAGAGGAGGACCAGACCAAGCAAGCCCACUCGGGGCAGUAGCAGACUCAAUAGGCGAUCGCUUACCCCUUCCAACCCCCGGAUCAAGGGACUACUUGCCCGAGGAGCCUUGCCCAUUUUCCAAUUUUUCAUCACCUUGGCCAAUCCAUUAAUUCGGCAGAGAAGGAGCGGCUGCCACGAAGGGCUGCAGCGUUGGAUUACUUUAUUAAUUUCCGAUGAGGUCAUCCAAGCUUUGAAGGAGGUAGGACUCUUUUAUGCUUUUGAUCUCUGUAAAGUUAGGCUCGACUGGGAGCUUCUGGAAGCAGCUGUGAACUUGGUAUCGUCGUGCCUCGUUCUGGCUACACUUCUCUGCUUCGUGAUUCGCUGGGCCUACGCCAGGAUGAGCUCAAGCUUGGUUAUGCAGGAGGGGAUCCGACUCGCUUAUUUACCAAGAUUUUUAAUUGACAGGUUCUCACAUGACCGCGCUUCAGUUUCGACUCCAAGAUUUACCCACUGCAAGAUCCCUCCUAUCUUGAUCAAAAGUGCUCAUGAUCUCGAAGGCCUGGCAACCAGAGAGCAUUUGGAGAAAGCCCUUUCUCAAGCAGCCAUAGAAUGUGGAGAAGAGGAGGCAUUCUUUUCCCAGCAUUUGGUGCCUAAAGGAGAUAUACCAAGGACAGUGCUGCUAAAGCCCGGGGUGAUCUCAUUCUCUGCGCAUGAUGCGCUAUUACAAGGGCUGAAACAUAGCGGACCCUUUUAUGUCAAAAUACGAUUGGGGAACUACGAGUGA